CAUUAAUCCGGGUUAUAUGGCGUGGUACAAUAGGAUCACCGUGUCGUACCUAGUUCAACCUGGGACACAGUCAACUGACGGGAUGAACGAGGCAGCCUCUUCUAAUUUAUUGGCGGUUGAGACCCUUCAGGGGAUAUGGCAUUUGACCUCUGAGCAUGACACAGACCCUCGGUUCAGGCAGAUUCGAGACAUGGCUGCUUCGGCACUUCGUGCGAUGAACCAUGCUGAUGCGAUGGAGUAUCCAUCUUCUCAACGGCAAAAUGUGGUCGUGCCGCCACGCCCACCAACUUCUCUUCGUCAUGGACUGCCGGGUGUCCGGACGGGUGGGCACGGGAUUACACGACAGCAUAGGUUGGCCACCCCCCACCUAAGUCCACCAUCGUAGCACAGUGACCAACAUUCUUUUGUAAUCCUAUUCAGCAUUCGAACCGCACCACUGUUGACAUCAUAUAGUGCUCGACGUCUUCUGGCAAAUUUACGUUCCUGAGAA